AUGGGCUGGUUCUCUUUCGCUCGGGAUGAGCGCUUCAUCCUCGCCAGCCUCGGCGCAGUCACCUUGUCGACCAUCGCGAUGAUGCGAUUCCUACUCAUACAGUAUCGCGACUCGGCCGUGAUCAAACCGGUGCAGCCCAAGACACAGUACAUUACGCAGGACACCGAGGAUUCCCUCAAACUGGGAACCUUGGAGACUCUCCUCGGCCACUACAACUAUGCGAUCCGAGAUACAGCAGCCAAGAUCGUUUGCGAUAGAUCAGUCAACGACGGCGUCACUGUGAACAAUCUGCUUUGGGGAAUUACUCGCCCGAACUACGACGAGAGAAUGAAGAAUCUGCGUGCUCUGGCUAUGAUCACAGACCAACACAGUCUACAUUUGCUCAACAACCGAAAGGCGUAUCUGGCGUUUGUCCGGUCGCUGGAACUAUGUGCCCAGGAGGCGGAUUACUCGAGGCUAGACGACAACACUUUCGACGACUACAUCCUACGCGACAUGUCCGAGAAGAUGCUCCUCAUGUUUCUCCUGCAGCUCAUCAAUAAGUACGAUCCUCAGGACCUCGUAAGGGCCAAAUUUAUCGAGAAAUGGCUCGCCAAACAGAACUGGGGCGACUCGGAUGAGGAGAGGCAGAAGAACUUCGACCAAUAUAUGCAUCACCAUCAAAAUAGGAUCACGGAGCUCUAUGCGCGUAUACAGGCGACGCGCUUGGGCAUCGAUGCGCUGGAGAAGGCCAAACUCAUUCCCAAGGGAAGAAGCAUGCCUGUGCCUAAUAAUCGCAUCAGUGUUGUCUUGUCUAUUAGUAUGAACGAACUUGGCGAGGAUCAGGAGGUGACGAUACAGGCGGAGGGCCAUCAGCCACGACCUAUGGAGCAGAGCGUCGAAGAACAGCGGCUUAGGCGGCAACAUCGGGAAGCUAUGGUAUUGAACGAUGGGAGUCGGCCGUUUGGUCGAGAAGACAUCUUUGAGCGAGAGCAUGAGUAG